CCUCCUACUGUCAACCAUCCACGUUAGUUCUCAUGAACUUAUAAUAAUAUCCCAUCUUCUUUCUACUCGAGCAAUCAUCUAUUGCAUCUUACAUUCUCUGCAUCAUGUCGUUCUGUAGGGCUGCUCACCACCCGGUGACAUCAUCCGCCACAAUCCUCAGAUUUGUGAGCAGCAAGCAAUGCAGUGGACAAUCCUUUCAGGCUGUCCGUGCCUUUUCAUCACACGGAAACGUAUACCGCUCCUCCAAGCGAGACAUGCAGACCGCUACGGCUUACCGUCCUCACUCUUUACCGACGUCCUUCCCUCCUCCCCGAUCCACCGGCAAUUUCGGUUCUUCCAUCGCUGCUGAUUUUCCUCCCGCCCCUGAGCCUACACAAAAGCAAAAGCCCCAGCCAUCAGAGACACCACUAAACACCGCUGCCAGCGAGAAUGUGUCGCAAAAACCAAAGCCUGCCUCCACCGCCUCGGCUACCAAACCCACAGAGAAGCCUCGCCGGAAACUGCGCCCACGCAAGGCGGCUAUGAAGUUGACACCAGUCGCCAUUGAACAACUUCGCAAACUACUCUCCCAGCCCGAACCUAAGUUGAUCCGAGUCGGUGUGAAGAACCGCGGUUGCUCCGGCCUUGCUUACCAUUUGGAAUUCGUCGAAAAGCCGGGUACCUUUGAUGAGGUGGUGGAACAGGAUGGCGUCAAGGUUUUGAUUGACAGCAAAGCUUUGUUCAGUAUCAUUGGCAGUGAGAUGGACUGGCACUCGGACAAGCUCAGCCAACGAUUUGUUUUCCGAAACCCCAACAUCAAGGAAUCAUGCGGAUGCGGUGAAUCCUUCAUGGUAUAAUUCGUCAGUCAUGAUCUCGUUUUGCGUCUUUUAAGGGUUUUUAUCGGUGCAUCGGACGGCGUUCUUGUGGGAAGGUUCCCAUUCCGGAUAAACUCAUACCAUGUUUUUGAAUUCGUUCGAUUGAUUCCCGGGCUAUCAAUGCCCAGUUUUUUGAGAUACACUCAUUCAACGACUUUGUUUUCCUUUUACCCCAGCCAUUGGGCUGGAUAGCGAUAUCAUAUGGCCCUCGACCCUUUUUCUACGAAGAUGACACAAAGCAGCGAAGACUUGCUUUGCCAGUGGGCUUAUUUAGAAUUGGCUUCGUUUGCUGUGGCAUUUUUUGAGGGUGAAUUCUGUCUUUCACAGCGGAAUAGUUUCCCGACAGACGGGGAACGCAAGCUCUUGGGACGCUUGCAUUUACUUUGUAUAAACCAGUCAAAUGCAUUGGCAGAUAUGUAGAAUGAUACCUAGAAUACUAUUAUGACAAAUACCACUCUUUAAAAUGAUCUGCUG